ACUCUGCAAGGCUUUGCUCUCCUCAGCAGACUGCAGAGUUUGCUGCAAAUGCAAAACUGAAAUCCAUCUUUGUACCGCCUACUUACCAUCCAGGGGGCUUGUAUGUCUUCUUGCCUUCUGUUUCUUUCCCCAAACCUCUCUUCUCAAAAGGAAGCUCUAUUCUGCUGCUAGCAAUGCAUCCUGAGAGGUGGCUAUGUUGGUAUUACCCUGCUCUCUGUGUGUGGGUAUUCAUGUUCACAUCCUUGAUUAAAGAUACCACAGCCUGCGAAUCAGAGGAACGGUUGUUUCACAAACUCUUCUCCCAGUACAACCAGUUCAUCAGGCCAGUGGAAAACGUGUCUGAUCCUGUCACAGUGUAUUUUGAAGUGGCCAUUACCCAGCUUACAAAUGUGGAUGAAGUCAAUCAGAUUAUGGAAACAAAUUUGUGGCUAAGACAUAUUUGGAAUGACUACAAAUUGCGAUGGGAUCCAAGAGAAUACGAUGGCAUUGAAUUUGUUCGGGUACCAGCAGAUAAAAUUUGGAAACCAGAUAUUGUCUUGUAUAAUAAUGCCGUGGGAGAUUUUCAAGUUGAAGGCAAGACCAAAGCCCUCCUUCGCUAUGAUGGAAUGAUCACCUGGACCCCACCAGCUAUUUUUAAAAGCUCCUGUCCUAUGGAUAUUACCUUUUUUCCAUUUGAUCAUCAGAACUGUUCACUGAAAUUUGGCUCAUGGACCUAUGACAAAGCCAAAAUUGAUCUUCUGAUCAUUGGAUCCAAAGUAGAUAUGAAUGACUUUUGGGAAAAUAGUGAAUGGGAAAUAGUUGAUGCUUCUGGCUACAAACAUGACAUCAAAUAUAACUGCUGUGAAGAGAUCUACACAGACAUAACAUAUUCCUUUUAUAUUCGAAGGCUGCCAAUGUUUUACACAAUAAAUCUGAUCAUUCCUUGUCUCUUCAUCUCAUUCCUGACUGUGUUAGUUUUUUACCUGCCAUCUGACUGUGGUGAGAAAGUGACUCUUUGCAUCUCUGUGCUCCUUUCUUUGACUGUAUUUUUACUGGUGAUCACAGAAACAAUCCCAUCCACCUCUUUAGUAAUUCCCCUCGUAGGUGAAUAUUUACUCUUCACUAUGAUAUUUGUGACUCUGUCAAUUGUCAUCACGGUGUUUGUCCUGAAUAUACAUUACAGGACUCCAACCACACACACAAUGCCCAAAUGGGUAAAAACUGUCUUUCUUAGCCUGCUCCCCAAAAUCCUCUUGAUGCAGAGGCCACUAGAACAGCAGAAAAAAAGCAUCUCCAGAAAAAACAAGAAAGGAUCAGGCAAUGCGCCAGGCAAAUCAAAGCACAGCAAACACAAAGAUGCCAAAUUACACAAGGAGCGGCGAUGUAGUCACUGUGAUAAGGCAACUGAACUCACUACCACCAAAAGAAGACGACUGAGCCAUCAGUCACUGAAAUGGAUGGCAGAGCACAUGGAAUACUCCCCUGAAGUGAAGGUUGUCAUUAGCAGCGUUCAGUUCAUCGCAGAGAACAUGAGAUCUCAAAAUGAAACCAAAGAGGUAAGAAAGACAG